AUGCACACAAGUGAGCAAGAGAAGCCUGGGGAUAUUGUGGAGCAUCCCUCUGACGAGAUGUACAGCCACGCGAAUCUUUUCAUCCGGCACUUGCCACGCGUCGUGGAUGAAAACGAGCUUCGGAUGUUUUUUUCUCCGUAUGGGCAGAUUCUCUCCGCGGCAGUUAUGCGCAACAUUCACACCGGUGAGAAUCUCGGCACUGCAUUUGUGCGUUAUGCCACGAAUGAGCAGGCCCGCACCGCCCUUCAUGGGUGCAACGGUCGAUUUCUUCACGGCCGGGCCAUCUCAGUGCAUUGGGCGAAGAAGCGGCACGACAACACCCCAAUUGGUGAUGCCCGCAAGAAGAUCUUUAAGCUUUUUGUGCGCAAUAUUCCGCUUGACGUGUCCGCAGACGAAUUGGCCCGCCUGUUCGCAUGCUUCGGCCCUGUCGGCAGCGUCUCGCUCCACAAAGACACCGCCGUCCCUCGAAACAAGUGGAUGGAACGCCGUAUCGGUUUUGUGGCGUUUCUUGCCGAGGGUGCCGCCGAGAAGGCUGCAGAAGCCGUUCACAACACACGUCCGUUCCCUGGCAGCGGCUCCAUUCCACUGAUGGUGAAGCUGGCAGAAGACGUGCCGGCGCGAAAUCGGCGUCCAGGCGCAGCCGUUACGGAUUCAAUUCGGCGAGGAGGUGCACCGAACGAUAUGGUGAGGACGAACGCAACCGAUAGAACUAUGACGCGUGCUCCAGUGGAUGAAGGGCGCGUAAAUUGUUGCCGUUCAGACUUCUCUACUUGGAGUUUUCUGCGAUGGUCGCGGUGCAACUCACCACAACCCACGCAAUCAGCGAAUGCCUCUUCUGCAAAUUACCUUGGCAAUUCGAUGCCGCAACCGUUUUAUGGCUGCUCCGCGGUCCCAACACCCUCUCCUAUGAGGGAUUAUAUGUUCUUCCAUGAAGCGAACCGGCAACGGGUGUGUGCCCCAGGGAUGCCACCACAAGAUCAUGCCGACGCAUUCCUGCAACAAGCCCCGUACCUCCAACAACCAAAUUUCUUCAACCAUGCGGAGAAGGAUGCUGCUACGUUUCACAGCCUGGGUGCCCCACAGAAAACAUUGGGGAGCAGUUGUUCAAGCUUGUGUCCAGCAGAGUCCGAGGAGGCGUCCACACCGAUUGCAAACCAGUACUUUAACGAAUGGAGCGCGCGACCUGCAACGCAUAAUGGCUCUGCCGCCUCACGACAAGGAGCACCUAUUACUUCCUCCACUUCUUUCUGCUCCGCUUACGGCACAAACAUAGCUGAAGAAUCCUCUGUGAGUAACUCAACACCCACGGCGACUGGAGGCGGGAAACGUUGUACGCGGUAUACACACAACCCCUACCGGUUGCACCAGCAACGGCUCUCCGAAUGCCCUACACCACCUGUACCAGUGUGA